AGGGAAAGGUUUCCACUCCCUUAUAAAGGGUGUCUCAUUCUCCUUCUCACGGGAUCUCACAAUAAUAAAGGAAAUUGUUCGAUGAAAAUAGUUGAAGUAUGCCAAACAGGAACGAAUGACGAUAAGGAGCACAGAAACGCAAACGUCGGCAUGAAGUUGACACCAUACAAAUCGAUCGAACUGCAAUUCAGAUUCUUCUUGUUCUUUCGAUCAAAGACGUGGUUGGUGGACAUUUCAGAAACUGCUGCUCUUUGUCUUUUUAUGCAUCAAAGAAAAGGUUGCUAUCAGUAAAAAGGAUGGAAAAUAUGGCAAGGAUGAAGUUGAAGAUGGGAAUGAAGAAUAUAUUCUUCGAUCUCCGUUCCGUUUAGUUGAUAGAAAAAGAUUUAUCUCUAUUCCUUCUCCUAUAUUCCGCCCCAUUAAGAAGAGAAGAAGAAAAGAAAAAAUGGAGAAUAAUAUAAGCAUGGUGGAGGCCAAACUUCCUCCUGGAUUUAGGUUCCAUCCAAGAGAUGAAGAAUUGGUCUGUGAUUAUCUGAUGAAGAAGAUUGGCUCUGUUUGUGAUUCUUCUUCUCUCUUGAUUGAAGUUGACCUCAACCAGUGUGAGCCUUGGGAUAUUCCAAGAGAGGCAUGCGUGGGGGGAAAAGAGUGGUACUUCUUCAGCCAGCGGGACCGUAAGUACGCGACUGGGCUUAGAACAAACCGCGCCACAGCCUCAGGGUACUGGAAGGCCACUGGCAAAGACAGGCCUGUCUUUCACAAGGCCAAUCAACUCGUUGGGAUGAGAAAGACUCUUGUUUUCUACCAAGGAAGGGCCCCUAAAGGCCGAAAAACCGAGUGGGUUAUGCAUGAAUUUCGGCUUGAGGGUCCACUUUCUCCUCUCAAAGAUCCACCUCCUAGGGAGGACUGGGUUCUGUGCAGAAUGUUCUGUAAACAGAAAGAAGUGCCCGCCCGACCGAGCACGGGAAGCAGCAGCUCCUACAGCAACGUCGCUGCCUCGUCGUCUCUCCCAGCUUUGAUGGACUCAUACCUCAGUUUUCACCAAAAUCCAAGCAGCUAUUUAAAUGAGUUUGAGCAAGUGCCCUGCUUCUCCAUUUUGUCUCAAAACCAAACCAUCCCAUCUCUCUCAAACCUCAUACAAAUGGAGGCAAACACAGGCAACAACAUCAAGAACUUCACCACAAUGUAUGGAGGAAUGCCAAAUUCAAGCACUUAUUCUUCAAAUAUUGACCCUUUUGCCUGUGACUCAUCAGUGCUCAAAGUUGUUCUAAAUAACAUUACUAAGAUGGAAACAAAUGGCAACCCCUUCAUAGGGCAACCCAGCAUGGGAGAAGGCAGCUCUGACAGCUACUUGUCUGAGGUUGGUGAUGAUAUUUCCAGCUUUUGGAACAGAUGACCCAGAAGGAAAAUGAAGGAGAAAUUAGUUUAUUGUAAAGAAAAAUGGUGAUUAUUAAGAAGGAUUGUAAUUUAAAGGGUUUUUUUUUUUAAAUUUAUUAUUUUAAUAAAAAGAUCCCAAGUGUAAAUUUUAUUGCAUAUUUUGGGAACUUUUUAAAGCCUAA